AUGUACAAGUACAAGGACAUAGGUGCGUCAGUAAUCCAGUACACGUGUCGUCUCUGCAUCGCCAUUUCGCCCGCGACCGCCACACAAGGCGCGGUUCCACGAGACAUUAUUGGCGGCGCCCACGGCUGCAUGCCGGGCAAUGCUGGGAAGAUGACAGGAGUUUGGUCAACAAUAAAGGCCGCAGCGCCUGCACUCGGGCAACAGCAUGAGAACGCGCAGCGCGCUGCCGAAACAAGCAGCACCCGCGUCCCUUCGCCGCAGAGAACCCUCGGCACGUCGCAGUUAUCGCGGUCAUCGCGGCCGUUGCCAAGACCUCCCAGUUCGCCGGACACUCGAGUAUGCUCGGCAGCACGCGCCCGGAGCCAAGCCUCGACGGCGCCGCAAUCCCACCCAAAGAGCCCAAGCACAAAAAGCCCCUCGAGACGGUCGCGUAACAGCACCAGCGCCGCGCUGAAAGAGAAGAGUCCAGGAAAGGAGAGAGAAACCGAGCCUGAGGAUGCGGAUCAAGCCGCCGGCACCACGACUGCGAUCACUAAUGCUGCUACUGGCGACAGCGGCGUCGAUGUAGCUCGGACUGCGGGUUCCGUUCCGGCGCAUACACCGGGUUCCAACUCUGGCAUUGAUCCUUUGUCGCAGCAUAUCCUGUCGCGAAAGAACACCGAACCGUCGAUCCCACAGCGCCUGACCCAGAUGGCGGAAGGACUUGCCCGCGCUAGUUCGGAACUCUCGAGGAAUGUGGUGCCAGUGAGCGAGACGGCCAAGGAUAAGAGGAAGGGGAGCUCGUUCCUCAGCAGAUUGGGCAUGCGUGGCGGCCGGAAGAAGGAUCUCGGGGACUUCGACUCCGACUCGGAGUUUGGCAGCGAGGUGCGGAUGGACGGUAGCAAUGCCCGCGUCUUCAGUCAGACCCUCGGCAGUCCGUUGAUAGGCGGAGGCUACGUGCCGCAUCACAAGGAGCCGCCACGGUACAUCCGGACACGGGCGAGCAACAAGAGGACGCGGGAGUUCAACCGUGUGUUCCUCGCCCAGGAGCUUGUCGGGACGCGGCCUCCGGACAACGAGACGGACUCGCCAGCAGAGACGGGCAAGGCGCCUGUGGUAUCGGUUAGUGUUGCGGGCGGGAGCGAGCGGAAAACGACGAGAACCGGAGGCGCCAUCUGGGCGACGGAAUUCAGCAAGGAUGGGAAGUAUCUCGCCACAGCCGGGCGCGACCAUGUAGUCAGAGUCUGGGCCGUGCUUUCAACGCCCGAGGAACGCCGCGCCCACGAGGAGGACGAGGCCGUCACUGGCGGUGCUGGAGAGAGGCUUAGCGCGCCUGUCUUCAGGGACCAGCCAGUCAAGGAGUUCCAGGGGCAUACCGGAGAAGUACUCGACCUCAGCUGGAGCAAAAACAACUUCCUGCUGUCAUCGUCUAUGGACAAGACGGUUCGGCUGUGGCACAUGAGCAGGUCGGAUUGUCUCUGCACGUUCAAGCACAAGGACUUCGUGACUAGGUUGGCAUUCCAUCCGCGAGACGACCGCUUCUUCCUGGCUGGCUCCCUGGACACCAUGCUUCGGCUCUGGAGUAUCCCGGACAAGGCAGUCGCCUUCUCGGCCCAGCUUCCUGACCUUGUUACGGCUGUGGCUUUCUCUCCCGACGGGAAGGUGGCUAUAGCGGGGCUCCUCAAUGGGCUGUGCAUGUUUUACGAGACCGAGGGGCUCAAGCUCAACUCGCAAAUCCAUGUGCGGUCGUCGCGGGGAAAGAAUGCGAAGGGAAGUAAGAUAACGGGCAUCCAAACCAUGAACAUCCCGCCACCCAACGCAAUAGACAGUCUAGGUUCGCCGGCGCAGAGUUCUGCUUCAGCGUCUUCUGCCCCGACGGACGCGGGAGGCUCCGGGGACGUGCGCGUGCUCGUCACAUCUAACGACAGUCGAAUACGGAUCUACAACCUGCGGGACAAAACCCUCGAGGUCAAGCUCAAGGGCCAUGAGAACGUGUGUAGCCAGAUCGCGGCAACGUUCUCCGAUGACGGCAAGUAUGUCAUCUGCGGGAGUGAAGAUCGGAAGACGUUCCUCUGGAGUCUGGCCGGCAGCGAUGCGCUCGUCCAAGACAAGGACAAGUCGUCUUGCGAGUACUUCGAAGCGCACGGGGAUAUCGUUACCACCGCGCUUUUUGCGCCUACCAAGACGAGGAUGCUCCUUGGUCAGAGCGGCGACCCAAUCUACGACCUUUGCAACCCCCCGCCGGUAGUGCUCCAGAGCCUGGAGGAAGCCGCGAGCGCCGCAGCGAGCCAGGUUGCUCUCACCAACGACUCACAGAACCCAGCGCUGGCCGAGCCCUCCCCCAGACGGCCGGAGCCGAGCCCUGCAUACAUUGCGCGGUCGACACACUACGACGGCAAUAUCAUCGUGACCACCGGUGACACGGGCAUCAUCAAAGUCUUCCGACAGGACUGCGCCUUCGCCAAGCGGCGGCACGACAGCUGGGAGACGGGCAGCACGUUGAGUCGCAAGCUUGCAGCCCACGGCAGCGGCUACGUCGGCGGCGGACUGGGCCGGAGCGGCAGCGUGCUGACGAGGACCAGUGUCGGUAGCACGGCACACAGCAGACGUGGUUCGCUCAGCCAGCCUGUUGCCCCAGGCGCGAUUGGGUCCCCUCAGUUGGGCGCCGUUCUGGCGCAUUCAGACCGGAUACUCAGCUGGCGACAGGGCAUCGAGCACGGCGGGGAUAGGCGCUCCGUCUUGCUGACGGACAACGGCCCCGGGACGCCGCCGCGCAGCGAGCGCUCGCUCAGCCCGACCAAACCCAGCGGGACAUCACUGAACUCUGCGUACAACACCAUGGCGAGCGAGGCAAGGAAGCAGCCGUACGCCGGGCCGUCGCCGGCUCGGAAUAGAGCUCGCGCUGGUAGCGCCUUCAGCACCGUGACCAGUCCGACCGCAAGCGUCUUCAGCGCUCAGUCAGCGCGGUUGGUAAAGGAGAAGGAUCGGGGGUCGAAAGACAGGCGAGACUCGAGGUCAGAGGAGCCGUCGGCGCCGCCGACUCCCGGGUUUACACUCCUCCGGUCUGCAGACGAGGACGCCGUCCAGCAGCAGCCGCAGUCGGAAUCCCCCAGUGCUGCCAGCGGAAGCUCUUCGUUUUGGAAUCUGGGCCGUUGGCGGGGGAUUACGGGGUUCAAGGGAGUCGGCUCGUCCGGUCAGCCGGUGACGAGCGCGCGCGGCGAUCGAAGCAAUGGGGCAAGGCGUCCGUCGCUAUCCAAGUCGGGCACGCAGGCGGAGGACUUUGCUGACCAAAGGGAGGUGGACGGGAGGGGGCCAGGGGAAAGUGCCGGUAGACGGCAGAGUCUUGGGGUGAUAUCGAUUAAGGGUGCGAGCGGCUCGAAGUCGGAACGGACGCAGUUGCUUCCCUCGGCGUCUCUGCUCGAGGGGGGCAAGUGA